GCAGAUGAGAGAGUCUGGAGCAGAGACAAUUUUAACUUAGCCAUUCCUAAUUUAUCUCAAGCGUUUUCAAUUCAUCUUCACUGCUCUAUGCACACAGGAACACCAGAUUGCCAUCCCUGGGGAACAGAAUGCAACCCGGGAUCUAGAGAGCUGUCACAUUCCAAGAAAUAUUUAAAUUGUGCUGAUUUUCUUCUGGAGAACUGAGCCCAGGGAAUGAAACUCUCCAUCAAGUCAUGGCUUUGCGGGCAAUAGAUCAGAGGAUAUUGCCAGUUUUCUAAUGGAUUAUUGUUAUCGGGCAGGUUUUCUUUGAAGGAACUGGAGAUCAGCCAGAUCACUUGUAUGCACAAAGCCGCUGUGGAUCUGUCUUUCAAAUAAGAGCUGCAGAAAACGCUAUAGCAAGAUUGAAGCUUUAUCCACUCUGACUCACCCUGGAAGCACAGCCUUGAUUCUGCGUGAGAAAGGCUAUCUCUACAGAAACUAAAACGGUAUCAACAGUUUCUGUACAGCACAGAUUAUGACAGCUUCUUCCUUAAGAAGAGAAUGUUUAAAUUUCAUCAAAUGAAACAUAUUUUUGAAAUACUUGAUAAAAUGAGAUGCCUGCGAAAACGUUCUACAGUGUCAUUCUUGGGAGUUCUUGUCAUUUUUCUCCUUUUUAUGAACUUGUACAUUGAAGAUAGCUAUGUUCUGGAAGGAGACAAACAACUUAUAAGGGAAACAUCCACACAUCAACUGAAUUCAGAACGCUAUGUUCAUACUUUCAAGGAUUUAUCUAAUUUCUCAGGAGCCAUAAAUGUCACCUAUCGCUACCUAGCUGCCACACCUUUACAAAGAAAGCGGUAUCUUACAAUUGGACUUUCUUCAGUAAAGCGAAAAAAAGGAAACUAUUUACUGGAGACAAUUAAGUCAAUUUUUGAGCAGUCCAGUUACGAAGAACUGAAGGAAAUUUCAGUGGUGGUUCACCUAGCAGACUUUAAUUCUUCCUGGCGUGAUGCCAUGGUCCAGGAUAUUACACAGAAAUUUGCGCACCAUAUUAUUGCAGGAAGAUUAAUGGUGAUACAUGCCCCAGAGGAGUAUUACCCAAUCCUGGAUGGCCUUAAAAGAAAUUACAAUGAUCCAGAAGAUAGAGUCAAAUUUCGUUCAAAGCAAAAUGUAGAUUAUGCUUUUCUGCUUAAUUUUUGUGCCAAUACUUCUGACUAUUAUGUAAUGCUUGAAGAUGAUGUUCGAUGUUCAAAAAAUUUCUUAACUGCCAUUAAGAAAGUCAUUGCAUCCCUAGAAGGAACUUACUGGGUAACUCUUGAAUUCUCUAAGCUUGGCUACAUUGGUAAACUCUAUCAUUCUCAUGAUCUCCCACGUUUGGCACAUUUUUUAUUAAUGUUUUAUCAAGAAAUGCCUUGUGAUUGGCUAUUGACUCAUUUCCGGGGUCUGUUGGCUCAGAAAAAUGUGAUCCGUUUUAAACCAUCUCUCUUUCAGCACAUGGGCUAUUAUUCAUCAUACAAAGGGACAGAGAAUAAGCUAAAGGAUGAUGAUUUUGAAGAGGAGUCAUUUGACAUUCCUGAUAACCCCCCUGCAAGUCUGUACACCAACAUGAAUGUGUUUGAAAAUUAUGAAGCAAGCAAGGCUUACAGUAGUGUUGAUGAGUACUUUUGGGGGAAACCACCUUCAACAGGAGAUGUUUUUGUGAUUGUAUUUGAAAAUCCAAUUAUAAUUAAAAAAAUUAAAGUAAAUACUGGAACAGAAGAUCGACAAAAUGAUAUUUUGCAUCAUGGAGCCCUAGAUGUUGGGGAAAACGUUAUGCCUAGCAAACGAAGGAGACAAUGUUCUACUUACUUAAGACUAGGAGAAUUCAAAAAUGGAAACUUUGAAAUGUCAGGUGUGAAUCAAAAAAUUCCAUUUGAUAUACAUUGUAUGAGGAUAUAUGUCACCAAAACACAAAAAGAAUGGCUAAUUAUUAGGAGUAUUAGCAUUUGGACUUCUUAGCCAAUUAAAUCAGUAUGUUCAGUUUCUGAAA